GACUGUGUUUAUUUAUUUCUUUGUUUCAUGUGGAUAAAACAACAACAGUGGCGGAUAAUUAAAAAAAGCGGGAACGUGGCGGGGAGCGGAUGACGUUUUCAGCCUCGACCGUCGCCGCGAGCUCUCAGGCGGACCACCGGGGGGGAGGAUGAAGCGGCGCAAUGCGGACUGCAGCAAACUCCGACGGCCGUUAAAACGGAACCGAAUCACCGAGGGUAUAUAUAGCAGCACGUUUUUGUACCUGAAGUUCCUGGUGGUGUGGAUCUUGGUUCUGCUGGCUGACUUUGUCCUGGAGUUCCGGUUCGAGUACCUGUGGCCCUUCUGGCUCUUCAUCCGAAGUGUCUACGACUCCUUCCGCUAUCAGGGGCUGGCCUUCUCUGUCUUCUUUGUGUGUGUGGCAUUCACGUCAGACAUCAUCUGCCUCCUCUUCAUCCCCGUCCAGUGGUUGUUUUUUGCUGCUAGCACCUAUGUUUGGGUCCAGUAUGUUUGGCAUACAGAGAGAGGAGUCUGUUUACCCACGGUGUCCCUGUGGAUCCUGUUUGUUUACAUCGAAGCUGCCAUACGCUUUAAAGAUCUGAAGAAUUUUCACGUGGAUCUUUGUCGACCAUUCGCCGCUCAUUGCAUCGGCUACCCCGUGGUGACUCUGGGAUUUGGCUUUAAGAGCUACGUGAGCUAUAAGAUGCGGCUGAGGAAGCAGAAGGAAGUGCAAAAGGAGAACGACUUCUACAUGCAGCUGCUGCAGCAGGCGUUACCGCCGGAGCAGCAGAUGCUGCAGAGACAAGAGCGAGAAGCCGAAGAAGCUGCUGUAGCCAAAGGGAGCUCAGAGGUGGAGCCCACAGUGGUAUCCCAGAACGGAGGACCGCCUGGAAAGAAGAGCUCCUCUCUUCUGCUCCCAGAACUGGAGUACAGGGAGAAAGGGAGGGACAGUACUACCAAGGAGCGGGAUGGCAAAAAGCCAAGCCUGCUAGGAAUCAAUAACAACAAUAUCAUACAUGCACUGGACUCCAACCUGCAGGAGGCGGAGUAUAUAGAGAACUACGUCGGAGCAAAGAGACUGAACACGGAGCUGGCAGGAGACAUGGAUGGCUCCACUCACUCCAGCCACAAAGACGAAAUGGGGAAAAACUACAAAAACACCAGUGGAACCAGCAACUCCUCUCCACAGAAUCACAGCUCUGCAAACGGCAGCCUCCCCGCCAGCUCCUCGGCCAAUAAGAGCGAGAAGAAGCAGAAGGGGGCGGGGAAAGGCCAAAGGGACCCAGUGGAGAACUGCAUCCCCAACAACCAGCUGGGCAAGCCAGACGCCCUUGUGCGGCUGGAGCAAGAUGUGAAGCGUCUGAAGACGGAUCUUCAGGCCAACCGGCAGCUGGAGUCAGAGCUGCGCAGUCAGCUGUCCUCUCUGAGCAGCCAGGACCGCAGCCUCCGCUCUGAACUGGGCCAGCUGCGCCAGGAGAACGAGCUCCUUCAGAACAAGCUCCACAGUGCAGUCCAGGCCAAGCAGAAGGACAAGCAGACCAUCUCGCAGCUGGAAAAGAGGCUGAAGGUGGAGCAGGAGGCCCGAGCUCUGGCUGAAAAGCAGCUGGCAGAGGAGAGGAAGAGGAAGAAGAUGGAGGAGGCCACCGCUGCCAGAGCAGUGGCUUUGGCUGCUGCUACAAGAGUGGAGUCCACAGACUCGCUUCGCGGUCGGAUCAGAGAGCUGGAGACGGACUGCAAGAAGCUGAGCAUGGACAUGAAGCUGAAGGAAGAGCAGAUCAGAGACCUGGAAGGGAGGUGUCAGGAGCUCCACAAGUACAAGGAGAAUGAGAAGGACACUGAGGUGCUGAUGUCAGCGCUGUCAGCCAUGCAGGAGAAGACCCAGCACCUGGAGAACAGCCUCAGCGCCGAGACCAGGAUCAAACUGGACCUCUUUUCUGCACUGGGAGACGCCAAGAGGCAGCUGGAGAUAGCACAAGGUCAGAUCCACCAGAGGGAGCAGGAGAUCGCAGAGCUGAAGCAGAAGAUCGCCGAGGUGAUGGCGGUCAUGCCCAGUCUCUCCUACUCGUCAGACGGGGGCAACCUCAGCCCCGUCACCCCCCACUACUCCUCUAAGUUCAUGGACAACAGCCCCUCUACGCUGGAUCCAAACGCCUCCGUCUACCAGCCCCUCAAGAAGUGACCAGCAGACGCUCUCCCGUCAGACUCGUCUCCAGUCCGGGUUACUUUUAAGGUCACAGGCCCCUGCUGACCUUUUGCACUUAUCAGACACAGACGUACAACUCCGCCAUAUGUGUUGUUAUGGAUCUUUUUUGUGGAGGGUUUUCUUAUUGAAACUAUUUAUUUAAAAGGGAUUGUAAAGGAUCAGAAGAGUCGGCCAAAUGUUUACCAGAGAGCGAUCAUUCAUCACUUCAUGCCUCCUUUUACAGCCUGUAAAUCAGUGCAGGGACUCCCAGGUGGAGGAGGGGAACCCAUCGUAGGAAGAUCGGCAGAAUGGAAGAGCGGCUCGAAUGUAAAACACUUCCAGUUUUCUGUCAGCAUCGCCUCAGGUCACUGAUAGUUUUGAACCGACAGUUCCUCAGACGUUCAGAGCCCGCUGGAGUCCUCCAGCCCCCCCAGGAAUGGAGAAUCUCACACGGUUUGAUUGUGUAGAGCGCUACAUUGGAACUGGCACUGCCUAAACACUGCAUCAGUUCUCCUCUUUCUGGACCAAAUUUGGCCAUAUUUGUUGCUGGAUGUCUUGAUGUCGAGGCAACUGCUCGUUGCCAUCAUUUUCAGAUCUUACAGUGCCUUGCAUUUUCUCUUUUUAAGACUCAUAAAUACAUCUCAAAUUAAAGGAUAUCCAGGAAGCGAUUCUCUAGAUUCCUGACAUUCAUUCAUUUUCUCGUGUCAGUGUUAAAGGGGAGAGUCACGUCUGAUUUUUUUUUUUUUUGGUUGACUCAGGCUGAAGUCUGGUGUGGUUCAAAUCCCAGUGACGGUUUUUAUUUGCCAAACACCAGCCUACCUGACGGCCUCCCUUCAGACUGGUUAUGUACAGGAACCCACUGAGGAAUGUUUUCUUUAUUCAAGCGUUCGGUGUCCCUCCGUCCUCGGGUGGAUGUAGCUGGCGCGAUAGCCCAAUGCCACUGGAGCAUUUUCAGACGUUUACACGGUCCGGACGACCGCUGGACUGACGGUGCAGUUGCACUCCUAUUUAUUUGUUACAGACUUGAUUUGUGGCACUUGGUUGAUAUUUGUCAUCCUGUUUUGUUGUGUUUUUCUAGGAAAGAUUUUGUGAAUGUUGUGUUUCGGGAACAAAGGCACCCCCUCCCUCAUGAAGAAGAAAGGAGGGGGCGGGGGUACAUGGUGACUUCAGUUCUCCAGUUUCUGUAGAAGGAAGAAAAAGGAAAGUUCUUUGUUUGAUAUUAUGGCUCCACCAAGUUUCUUUUCUUUAAGUGACGGUGGGCGUGUCACACGGUUCACUUUGAUCCUCACCAUUAAAGAAGGUUUUGUCGGUUGCUUCAGAA